AUGUCUUCAAUAAAACACAACCAACCAAAUUCCUUCAUCGCACAUACGACCACUCCUAUUUCAAUCGUUGAUCUUCCUUCCCAAUAUGCAACAACUGAUAUUCUUGAACUUCACAUUCUUCCAUCAAAGGACACCAUAAAAGCUACUUACGGUGAUCUCCAUCCAUCGGACGAUGAUACGUUUCUUCAUGAUGCUUGUUCUGGUCCAUCAGAUGAGAGCACUUUUCUUGGACAUGCUCGUUUUCGUCGAUCAGAUGACACUACUCCUCCUGAUGAUGAAAUUUCACGUACAUCGGAUGAGACUAAACUUCUUGGUCAUGCUAAUUUUCGUCCCUCAAAUGAGAGUACUCUUCUUGGCGAUGAUGUUUCCAGUACAUCGAAUAAGAGUACUCUUCUCGGUCGUGUUGAUUUUAGUCUCUCGCAUGAGAGUACUCUUCUUCCUGAUGUUGAUUUUGAUUCAUCGGAUGAAAGUACUCUUCUUUGA